GUAUUAUUCCCACCUAGAAGGAAAGGUAUGUGCACCUCAAACUUAGAAAAUCUAAAUACUGAUGAUGGUCCACUUAAUGAUUCCACCAAGGUUAAUAAUUCUUUUUUUGGUGAUAUUUUACUUACAGCAAAAAAUGAAGCACAAAGCAUAAUAGAUCAAUAUAAAGAAAAGAAUCAACUAAAGGACCUAACUGACCAAAAAGACAAAACAACCGUAUGUAAUGCAUUGAAAUAUAGCUUUGCUGAUUUAGGAGAUAUCAUCAGAGGUAGGGAUUUAUGGAGCGGUGAUAACAAUACUGAAAUGAAACAACUACAAGAUAAGUUGAAGGAAAUAU